GAGCGAAUCGGAGCCGUCCCUUAGAUUACUACUGCGGGCGGAGCUCGUCUGCCGCGAGCGCGCAGACAAGCGAACCGAAGCCGCGUCCAGAUCUCUCUCCCCCGUCUCCGGCGAUGGCGUCGCCCUACGCCGGCGCGCAGCCGGCGUCUCCGGCUGCGGCGGCCGGUGGGACGGCGGUGCAGCAGCAGAACCACUCGCUGGCGUUCCGCGUGAUGCGGCUGUCCCGCCCCUCGCUCCAGCCCGAUCCGGCCGCGCUGCUCCGCUUCGACCCGCGCGAUGUCUUCCUCCCGGAGAACGCGCUCACCGGCCCCGACCCGUCCGGGGCCGCCGACUUCCUCCACCGCCUCCUCCACCCCUCAGACUCCGCCUCAGCCGUCCCUGGGGACUUCACCUUCCGCGACCGCUUCCUCCUCCGCGACCCCGCCGACGCCCUCGCGCUGCCGGGCCUCCUCGUCCUCCCCCAGUCCUUCGGCGCGAUCUAUUUGGGCGAGACCUUCUGCAGCUACAUCAGUAUCAACAACAGCUCCAGCUUCGAAGCCAGGGACGUCGUCAUCAAGGCGGAAAUACAAACCGAGAGACAGAGAAUACUUCUUCUGGAUACAUCGAAGUCCCCUGUUGAGUCGAUUAGAUCAGGGGGUAGAUAUGAUUUCAUUGUGGAGCAUGAUGUCAAAGAACUAGGAGCACAUACGCUUGUAUGUACUGCUUUAUAUAAUGACGGUGAUGGAGAGCGUAAAUAUCUUCCCCAGUUCUUUAAGUUCACUGUUUCAAACCCAUUAUCUGUUAGAACAAAGGUUCGCACCAUCAAGGACAUUACAUAUCUGGAAGCCUGCAUAGAGAACCAUACAAAAUCUAAUCUUUACAUGGAUCAAGUUGAUUUUGAACCUUCCCAACAAUGGAGAGCUACAAGUUUGGAAGCUGAUGAACAUCCCUCAACUGUGAAGUCUGCAAUAGGGGACCUCUGCAAACAACCGAUCCUCAUCAGAGCUGGGGGAGGAAUAUACAAUUACCUUUAUCAGCUCAGAUCAUCAUCCGAUGAGUCUGGUCAGACUAGGUCAGAGGGAAGCACUAUACUUGGUAAAUUUCAGAUAACAUGGCGCACAAAUCUGGGUGAAGCAGGCCGCUUGCAAACUCAAAACAUUCAUAGCACUCCCACUGCAAGCAAAGAUGUUGAUCUUCGAGCUGUGAAAGUUCCACCUGUCAUAUAUGUGGAAAAACCAUUUCUGGUCAAUCUGUGUGUUACAAACCAAACGGACAAAACUGUUGGCCCUUUUGAAGUAUUUCUAGCCCCAAGCAUGUCUGGUGAAGAGAGAAUUGUUCUAGUCAAUGGAUUACAGAAAAUGGUUUUGCCAUUGGUGGAGGCUUUUGAGUCCAUCAAAUUUGAUCUGAGCAUGGUAGCCACCCAGCUAGGCGUGCAAAAGAUUUCCGGAAUUACCAUGUAUGCCGUGCAGGAAAAGAAGUACUACGAACCUUUACCCGACAUAGAGAUUUUUGUUGAUGCAGAAUAGAAGGCCACAUGACGAGCUGAACAAUAUAUGCCUUUCUGUGUUUUCCUUACCAUGGCCAGAGAUACAUAACCUACGUUGUCCCGCUGAUGUAAUAUUGCUUUUAUUACACAACUAAUACAUCUGAUUGUAAUUAAAUACAUAUUUAUCAAAUAGAUUCUAUUGAAUGCGAUGUGAGAACUGGGUUGGUUUUCUU